CCCGCGGCACGCACAGCAGCCGCAGCCGCCUCGCGCCCGUUCGCACGGUCGCAGCUCGUGCCGCCUUCUUCUCCUCCUCCUCGUCCUCGCCGCCUCGGCCGCCCCAGCCUCAGACUUCGUGGGUCGGUAUCUUCCGGCACACGAGUUCCAGCUGCAGCCGCUCCCCUCUCUCCGUCCUUCCAAAGCCCUUCAGGCCACUCCGGUCUCCUCCUGACCCAGCCCCGCGAAGAUGGUGGACCGCGAGCAACUGGUGCAGAAAGCCCGGCUGGCCGAGCAGGCGGAGCGCUACGACGACAUGGCCGCGGCCAUGAAGAACGUCACAGAGCUCAAUGAGCCGUUGUCCAAUGAAGAACGCAACCUGCUCUCCGUGGCCUACAAGAACGUCGUCGGGGCGCGCCGCUCCUCCUGGCGAGUCAUCAGCAGCAUUGAGCAGAAGACGUCCGCCGACGGCAAUGAGAAGAAGAUCGAGAUGGUGCGUGCGUACCGUGAGAAGAUCGAGAAGGAGCUGGAGGCCGUGUGCCAGGACGUGCUGAGCCUGCUCGAUAACUACCUGAUCAAGAACUGCAGCGAGACCCAGUACGAGAGCAAGGUGUUCUACCUGAAGAUGAAAGGGGACUAUUACCGCUACCUGGCUGAGGUGGCCACCGGCGAGAAGCGGGCCACCGUGGUGGAAUCCUCGGAGAAGGCCUACAGCGAGGCGCAUGAGAUCAGCAAGGAGCACAUGCAGCCCACGCACCCCAUCCGCCUGGGCCUGGCCCUCAACUACUCCGUGUUCUACUACGAGAUCCAGAAUGCGCCCGAGCAGGCGUGCCACCUGGCCAAGACGGCCUUCGACGACGCCAUCGCCGAGCUGGACACCCUCAACGAGGACUCCUACAAGGACUCAACCCUCAUCAUGCAGCUGCUGCGCGACAACCUCACGCUCUGGACGAGCGACCAGCAAGACGACGACGGUGGCGAGGGCAACAAUUAAGGCCCCAGGUGGACUCGCAGCGCACGCGGAUGCUACUACUGCAGUCUUUAUUUUUUUCCCAUGAGUUGGGGGUCGGGUGGGGGAGGGAGAGGGAGGGCUAACCUUCCCAGGGAGAAACCCACGACCUGUCCUGUCUUGGAUCGCCUCUUUGACAUUUUUGCCAAAUUACCACUAGUGGAAAGUCAGGCUAGCCGUGCUGGUGUGGGAGGAGCAGCCUCCCACGGGCCCACGGACUGCUCUGUAGAUGGAUGUGAGUGGAGCUGUGUCUAAGUUAACUUAUUGCUAGGAAGAAGGGUUUAAGACGAAAAGUAAGCCUCAGUGGAGUGGCCCUCACUCAGUAAGUUCUGUGGUUCCAGUAAGGACUUCUCUGUACAUACGCUCUUGUCUUAAGUUUCUGGUACUUUCCAUCUCAUCUCUUUGAGCUGUGUGUGUUUUCAGGGUGUGCUCUACCUACCAGACAGGGAGACGGCCUGAACCCCAAACGCACAGACCCUAAGGAACGUGAGGUGCGUGCCUCCUGAUGGUUUAGGCCUGGUUGGUUUUCGGCAGUCUUGGAUGAGUUGACAGUAUUAACACUAAAUUGCAGUUUACAGUAUUUCUACAUUACAGCCAUAUGUAACAUCAA